GGCUCCGAUGGGGAGGCGAGAAAGAGGCUGGCCCGGGAGGGGACAGCUGCUUCCCAGCCGCUAACAGGUCCUCUGCUGCCCAGGUGCUGAGCACUUGUCCUCCUCCCCAGGCGAUGGGUCCCCACUGACCUCCAUGCUGUAACCUCCCAGCUCCAGCUCAGCUGCCUGUUGCCAAUGCUCAGAUGCCAGAGGCCAGCGCUUUGACCAGUGCCACCAGGUGGCUCUCCCCACUCCCCAGGGGCAGAGCCAUGGGGCUCUCUGUCCCCCUGUGGCUUUGGCUGCUGUAUGCCGCCACGUGCCUCGCCAGCAGCCUGAACCCCAGCUACAGCACAGUGGCCAAGAAGGAGAUCAGCACAGAAGGGGACCUGGUCAUUGGGGGGCUGUUCCCGGUGCACGAGAAAGGCAGCUCCAACGAGGAGUGCGGCAAGAUCAAUGAGCACCGAGGGAUCCAGCGCCUCGAGGCCAUGCUCUUCGCCUUGGACGAGAUCAACAAGGACCAGCGCAUCCUGCCAGGGAUCACGCUGGGGGCCCACAUCCUGGACACCUGCUCCAAGGACACCUACGCCCUGGAGCAGUCUCUGGAUUUCGUCCGCGCCUCCCUGACCCGAGUGGAUGGCUCCGAACACAUCUGCCCUGACGGCUCCUACGCCAUCCACGAUGACGUUCCCAUGGCAAUUACCGGGGUCAUCGGGGGCUCCUACAGCGAUGUCUCCAUCCAGGUGGCCAACCUGCUGCGACUCUUCCAGAUCCCGCAGAUCAGCUAUGCCUCCACCAGCGCUAAGCUCAGUGACAAGUCUCGCUACGACUACUUUGCCCGCACCGUCCCACCAGACUUCUACCAGGCCAAGGCCAUGGCCGAGAUCCUGCGCUUCUUUAACUGGACCUACGUCUCCACAGUGGCCUCGGAGGGUGACUACGGUGAGACGGGUAUUGAGGCCUUUGAGCUGGAAGCCCGGGCCCGCAACAUCUGCAUCGCCACCUCCGAGAAGGUGGGGCGCUCCAUGAACAAGAAGACCUUUGAAGGAGUGAUCAAGGCCCUCUUGCAAAAGCCCAGUGCUAGGGUGGUGGUGCUGUUCACCCGCAGCGAAGAUGCCCGAGAGCUGCUGGCGGCCGCACAGAGAAUCAAUGUUUCCUUCACAUGGGUGGCCAGUGAUGGCUGGGGUGCCCUGGAGAGCGUGGUGGUGGGAAGCGAGUUGGUGGCAGAGGGGGCCAUCACCAUUGAACUGGCAGCCUACCCCAUCCAGGAGUUUGCCAUCUAUUUCCGAAACCUUAACCCCUACAACAACAGCCGGAACCCCUGGUUCCGGGAGUUCUGGGAGCACAAGUUCCAGUGUAGCUUCCAUACCCAGGACUGCAGCCGGCACUCGCUGAAGACAGGCAAGUUCGAGCAGGAGUCCAAGAUCAUGUUUGUAGUCAAUGCUGUUUACGCCAUGGCCCACUCCCUCCAUAACAUGCACCAGGCAUUGUGCCCCAAUGCCACCAAGCUGUGUGACUCCAUGAAGCCGGUUAAUGGCAAGAGGUUCUACAAGGACUUCAUGCUCAAUGUCAAGUUUGAUGCUCCAUUCAGGCCAGCAGACACCAAAGGCAUUGUUCGAUUUGACCGCUAUGGUGAUGGAAUUGGUCGUUACAAUAUCUUCAACUACCACAGAACGGAUGGGAGAUAUAGAUACCAGAAGGUGGGCUACUGGGCAGAAGGGCUUACCCUGAACACCACCCUCAUCCCCUGGGCAAAGACCUCUGUUCCCGUGUCCCAGUGCAGUGACCCCUGCAAGAAGAAUGAAAUGAAGAGCAUGCAGCCGGGGGACAUGUGCUGCUGGAUAUGCAUCCCAUGCCAGCCUUACGAAUACCUGCUGGAUGAAUUCACCUGCAUGGACUGUGGUCUAGGAUACUGGCCCAAUGAUACCCUGAAUGGCUGCUAUGAGCUACCACAGGAGUACAUCCGCUGGAAAGACGUCUGGGCCAUUGGGCCAGUUACGAUAUCUUGCUUGGGUUUCAUCUCCACCCUCUUUGUCUUUGGAGUCUUCAUUAAGAACAAUGACACUCCCAUUGUGAAGGCCUCUGGCCGCGAACUCUGCUACAUCCUCCUCACUGGGGUCCUGAUGUGCUACAGCAUGACUUUCAUCUUCAUUGCAAAGCCCUCCACCGAGGUCUGCACCCUGCGGCGCUUGGGGCUGGGAACCUCCUUUGCAGUCUGCUACUCUGCCCUCUUGACCAAGACCAACCGGAUCGCUCGGAUCUUCAGCGGGGUGAAGGAAGGGGUCCAGCGCCCACGCUUCAUAAGCCCCACCUCACAGGUGGUCAUCUGCAUGGCCCUCAUCUCCUGCCAGAUGAUCAUCGUCAUCAUCUGGCUUAUGGUGGAGACCCCUGGCACGGGGAAGGAGACGGAGCCUGACAAAAGGUACAUUGUCACCCUCAAGUGCAACAACCGUGACUCCAGCAUGCUCAUUUCACUGACCUACAAUGUGCUCUUGAUCAUCUUGUGUACAGUCUAUGCCUUCAAGACCAGGAAAUGCCCUGAAAACUUCAAUGAGGCCAAGUUCAUUGGAUUCACCAUGUACACCACAUGCAUCAUCUGGCUGGCCUUCCUGCCCAUCUUCUAUGUGACCUCCACCGACUACCGCGUGCAGACGACCACCAUGUGCAUCUCCGUCAGCCUUAGCGGCACCGUGGUCCUCGGCUGCCUGUUCACCCCCAAACUCCACAUCAUCCUCUUCCAGCCCCAGAAGAAUGUUGCCAGCCACCGCGUGGCCACCAACCGGUUCAGCGUGACUGCAGCCGGCUCCAGCCACUCGCACGGGUCGGCCUCUCAGUCAGUCCCCACGGUGUGUAAUGGCCGCGAAGUGGUGGACUCCACAACCUCAUCCUUAUGAAAUGCCCUGCGGUUCCCAUGGGCAAGAGCAUGGUCCUCAGUGCAGACCCCUGCACGAAGGCGCAGGCCUUUUUCGUUCCCGUUGGGCCUUUUGUUUCUCAAAGCUGUGCUCCCAGCCUGCUCGCUGAUGCCGUCUCACUCGCUGGGCCGGCCUUCCCCAAGGAGAGGAACCGUUGCGUGAGAACUGGGUGCCACCUUCCGCUGCCCUGCUCCCUCAGCUUUGGCCCAGAGAGACACAAACCUGCUGGGGAGGUCGUGACGGUACUGAACGGACCCGCUGGGGCCUGGAGGAACGACUCCAUCUCCCUGGGGAGCCAGCGCUGAGCCAGAUGGAUCUCCUGGCAGAUCCACCCUGUGUUACCUCUUGCUGGCCAGAUUACCAGAGAGAGCAGAAACCAAGCAUCUGUACUUCCCCACUUCUCUCUGCACUGGAAUAGGGUCAGGGGAAAGUCCCAGAUUCCCACUGGCUGCUCCCUCUUCCUCUCCCUCCCCAAAAGAAGCAGGAUCCUUCCCCCCCGAAAGAGCAAAUAUGAAGGGGUCAAAGGUGCUAUGGCUUGAAGAGAACAGACAGGCCCUUCUCCAAGACUAUGCUGUCCCGCAGCGCUGGGAAGGAAUUCAGACUGUAUAAGUUGCGGGGCUCAGGGCUGCUGCUGAUUUUGCAGGAAGAUCUCUGGUUGGAAUGUGAACCCCCUGCCCCCUCUGAGCUGUGAGAGACUCACUUUGAAAUGGACAAACAGGUGCUUCCACAUCAGAGAUUUCUGACCCUGGGAAUCUGGGUUGUACCCAUGAUCUUCCUGCUGACGCAUUACCUGACUCGGCUAGAGGGACCCUACCUGGGGGUUGCCGUAUGUGCGGGACUGUAGGGUUUUGUUUAGCAAGGGCAGUCGGGACGGGCAUGGUGGUUAGCCAGGGAGCAGGGAUAGAGGGAGGGGCCAGCCGGGGUGAGGCGUGGCACAGGAGGGCUGCCCUGUCAGCAUCUAGUGUGGGACACUGACAGAAGAGGGUAGCAUUGGACUGAAACAACGCCUACAAAUGGAGAAAUGAUGAGGUAUGAGAAUGGAGGGAGAGACCUGAAAAUGUGGGGCCAGCCAGACGCAGAGAGCGAGUGAGAAUCUGGCAGCCUGCAGUCCUGGGGACUGACUUCAGGGGGAGCUCUGUGUCCUGUCUCGGGAAACUGGGCCUCUAGGGUGAACGAGUCCCACAACACAGAGAGCAGGGAGGAACAAACCCCCAACACAUGCUUCAGGCCCUCUACUGGGGGUCGGGCACAGCUGCUGCUUGGAUGUCAAGGGGGGGACACGUCCUGCUGCUCCCUGCUUCCACAGGGGUUUGGAUUUGUGGUGUGCUGGAGUCCAAAGGUGCUCCCCACUCUCUGCCUCUACAGGCAGCAGGAAAAGGACAUUCCCACUGCAUUAGGCUGCCCAAGGGGCUGUUCCCCCAGAAUGCCCCAUGUCCUUCAUCAGCAGCAGGACGGGGAGGGUUUGGGCUGAUUCCAUGGAGGGCCAGGGUGCCUCAGACCACUCCCAUUCCUGACCCUGCCAGGAGCUGCCUGACCAUGACAUCACCCAGCAGCCAAAGUUGCCCGAGCGCUGGUGCAGCAGCAAAAGCAGCAAUAAACCAUCUGGAUCUGUGCUUUACAGCUGCCAAACACUCUGGCAGCAAAGCUGCUCCCCUGCUUCGCUGCAGUUUUCUUGGCACCUUCAUCCACCGAGAGCCAGCAGGUGAGUGCAAAAGGUUCCACUCUUGUCCAGAGCUGCUCGGAGCCUUUCAAACAGCGUCAUUUUGGUCCCAAAAUUGCCUGUUUUCUGCGUGAUGCAUAAAUAGGCCUGAGAGAUUUUUUUUUUUUAAACGAUGCUUUUUGCCCCCCAAAAUUCAAAAUAUCAGGUCUCAGUAUGCAUAUGUUUGCUGGAGAACAACUAGUGACAUUCCCAGAGCCUUGAAGAGGGAAAAGCAUGUUCAGUGAGGCUCUUUAAAACGCUUGGUUCUCUUUAUUGUAAAUCCCCCACUUAAUUCUAACACCUGACACACUCCUGGGAGGAAAACACUCUUUGUGAAAGGUUCAGCAUGCCUUGGCCUUUCAACUGAGGGCUGAGAACGCUGCCAUUCAGGUUCUCUAGGCCUCCAAGGAGUUCUCCAGCAAAAGGAGGGACAUCAUCAUAAUCCUGAUUACUCGUCAUUAAUAUCCCACUCGCACCUGUCGGAAGACAGGACACUGGGCUAGAUGGCCCAUUGGUCUGAACCAGAGUGGCUGUUCUUAUAUAGCUAUUCCUGAGAUUUGUAAGUGGAAAAAACAAGCAGGGACAAAUCCUUCCAGGUUGUCUUUAUGUGUCAUAAAGAAUCAAAACCAAAACAUUAGGGCCCAGUGCAGAUACAAAAUUUGUAUCCACAUCUGAGCCACGAUCUCCAAAAAUGGUCGGUGGGUAUCCAUGGCUAUGCAGGAUGCUACAAAAAA